AUGGCAGUGGUCGGUGAGAACUGUAGAGUUGGUUGGCAAGCGACGACGGUUGCGGCCGAGGACGAAAACGAAUACGUAGGUCGACGGAAGGCCGGUCGUCAGCUGGAGUCAGGAUUAACGGAGGCGGGGCAGCUGAGGAAAGAGGAGGAAGAGGAGGAAGAAGAGGAGGACGAUGGCGGCAGGCCGGCUCGGCUCUCAGAUGAAUGGCGACGGCGGCCGAGCGGGAUGAUCGAGGAACGAACUCUGGUGGCUGUUGCUCGUGUGCGACGCGUUGUUCAUCUCUCGAAAAACAGCAGCACUCGACGCCACGCCGUCUCUCGGUUUCCAGCGCGGUAUUUUACCUACACAACGGUGCGCGGUGCGAACGUUCGCUCUCUAGACGCGGUGUCUCCGUUGGUCAAGUCG